AUGAGUGGUGCGACGUACGACAGGAAGCUCACUGGAGUCUCGACUGACCUCAGCGGCUCCAUGAGCUGUCACCCGGGCUCCAAGGAUUCUCCCACACUGCCCGAGUCCACCGCCACGGACAUGGGCUACUACACGACCCAGCAGAGCCACCACGACUACUACUCGAGCCAGGUGUACGCGCAGGCACAGCACAACUCCUAUCACCACCAGUUCAACAUGUGCGCAAUGAGCGGUGCUGCGCCCUACAGCGCAAAGGUCGAGUACCCGUACAGCAACGCGUACCGCCACCAGUACAGCCAGUACAGCCGAGAAGGACACACGCCACCGCAGAACACAGUGAAAGAGGAGCCCGAGACUGAAGUCCGGAUGGUGAACGGAAAACCGAAGAAAGUGCGCAAACCGCGCACCAUCUACUCCAGUUACCAGCUCGCAGCUCUGCAGCGGCGCUUCCAGAAAGCGCAAUACCUGGCACUGCCCGAGAGAGCCGAACUGGCUGCCCAGCUCGGACUAACUCAGACACAGGUGAAAAUCUGGUUCCAGAACCGGAGGUCCAAGUUCAAGAAGCUGUACAAGAGCGGCGAGAUGCCACUCGAGCACAGCCCGAACGCCAGCGACUCGAUGGCGUGUAACUCGCCCCCCUCACCGGCACUGUGGGACACCGGAGCCCACGCAAACCCGGUGGUCCGAGCCCACGUGACGCAAGGGCCGCUCAGCUCGGGGACCCCGCCCUACGCGGAGGAUUACGGCGGCGCCUGGUACCAGCAGCACGCCGGUCCACCUCAGAGUGUCUACUGACCACAGACUGUCUGUCUCUCUCAGAGUUUAAUAUAAAAGCGGACUGGACUUUAUUUUUAUAUGUGUCGGGCUACUAGACUGUUGAUGAAAGUGGUCUCGGUGCGAAUAUACAGAAGAUGAGGCGCAGGAGACUCCCGGAGUGCGCAUGCGCCCUGGAACGCACAGUGUUCCGUUCUGCUUUUGUCGACUUCUGAACAAACUGACUGAUUAAAUACUGAUCAGAAUCAGAAGAGGAAGAAGAAUAGUGUAGAUCCUCACGAACACCUCUGAACACAGGCCUGGGCUACAGCUAUAUUUAAACGACGAAUGGCUGAGGUUUAAAUUAUUUAGACUUUUCUUAAUCCUAUUUUAUUCACCUUGCUGUACAUUUUCAAGUGUGUAAAGUUCUAGAUGCCAUGGCCUAAAUUAAAUUAAGAAACGACCCCAACUUUCCAUAAAUCUGCAUUCAUGUGUGUUAACUUUGCGCCACUCCAUAAA